GAAAUGGUGCCUUUUUGAUGACAUUUCAUGACAAUUUUUGCAAAAAUUGACCUGCGUAGAGCACUUUCUCGGAUCCCUUCCCUCGCAUUCAUGCCCUCUCAAGAAGGCCCCUCAAACGGAACUGCAUGCAUCGAAGCGCUUGUCAGAUGGCGUCGUUUCUAUGAUUUGUUUUCCUUCGUCUUCCAUUCGAUCCAGGGGGUAUUUUUUCAACUGAAGGCCACGUUCUCGUCACUCUGCGAUCACAACAUCGUGGUCCAGGAGAGGUUUCCGCGUACGGAUACCCUGUGGCUACGUACCCCUCAAACGCCUCCACGUGCGGAACCGCCUGUAUUUGUCUGAGCUAUGCUGGGUCUUUUCGUCUACGAUACUUCUUUUUUUUGCGCGGGUCCAGCACUUAAGGCCACUUCAUGAUGUCCACUGCGCGUGCCAUAUGUCACUGUGCGUCUACGAACACCUUGGCUCUGCAGUGUGGAUACGUUUCGCCCGCCCCGUUGAAGUCCGGUCACGUGGAGAUGUUGAACGUGUCGAACAUCGAACGAGCAAAGCAAUUUACAUACAAAGUGGCUUAUGUAAAACUUUGAUGCAUUCGGGAAGUGCCGUUGGCACAGAGUUGAAGACAGCCAGCUUUCACGUUUGUUAAUCCGCCCCCGUGCAUGUGGAAAACGUCCCUGGCCCGCGUCGACUCCCAAGUAGCUACAAACGCGUACAAAGAUUAAUGAUGUCCGUCUGUGCAUCUGUGUUGAUACUCGGUUCCACAUGCUAGACUCUGUUGGGGCGACCUUAUCCUCGUGCUUUGGCAACUCGUGGCGAAGAAUCGGCACAUAACGGUACCAGAACGCGCUGUGUGUACGCGAAGCCCAGCGAGGACGAAACCGACUAUUCUGCAGUGGCUUUUUGGACGGGGGCGUCUGGAUCGCCCCCCAUCCGCAUCAUCUGUGUGUUAUUUCGUCGCAGCACCCUCUCUUCCGCUGUGUGCUUUUUUCCCCUUUUUGCACCAGCGACCGCGUUCUCCGGCUCCGUCGGUUUCCUUGGGCCUUCCUUUCACUCCCUGCGGCAUCAAACGCAUUCUUCGUUGUCACGGUCAUAGAGCACUCCGGUCGGCGCCCAGAUGGCAGGUUCACGGGUCACUUCGGCCUGCGGCGAUGACCCUGGCUCGGUGUCGCCCGGUCGAACGGAGGACGUGCAGUUUAACGUCGGAGGUCAGUUGGACCUUCUUAAGACAGUGGCGCCGCGACUGUCCCCGCAACCUCUUCUUCUCUGUUUUCCACUCUCUGCAUGCAGCCGAGUCCCGCGGCUUUCCCUCGCUUCUUCUCCCUCGUGUCCUGCGUCCGUCCGCUCGUUGGACGACGUCAUCGCGCUCGAAAACAAAGCUGUGACGACCCGGGUGAAGAAACAGUCACGCCUUUCAACCUCUCUCUCGCAUGCACUCUUCGAGGCUUUGAGAGGGAGACUUUCUGGGCCACAGCCUGUCAGCUUUGACGUCUUUGUCACCAACCUAGAAACAAAGGCACAGGCCACCCUUCAGAGCGCGGACUCGUGUGACGUCUGCGAGCGAGCAGGUGGCGAGGAGGGAGCUGAGGGGCUGGAGGCGUCUCGGAGCUUGAAGAAGAAACGAGGGGAAAAGGCUGGAAAGAGUGACAGACGCACUGCGGCACGGAGAACUAUUGCGGUAUGCGUCGUUCCGCAACUCGACCCUGCCAAUGGACGCGUCAUGUUGACACCUCCCCAGCGUGUCUGCGAAGCGUGCUUCCGUAUCCUACAUCUUCCCCAUCUUCUCGCCGUGUCUGUCGCUUCGGUCGUCUCUGCUGCGCCUCUGAGUCGCUCGGUUUUUUCUGAGGUCUUGGAGCACUUUGCAGCGGUGAACGGCUACUCAUCUUUGUCUGUCGCCGGCGCUCGCCUGCAGCAAGCGAUCUCCCUUGCCUUCAGUGUCUCCCUUCUCAAAAAGCAAGUCAACUGGCGCUUGGAGAGGCUAGCAUACCCUUCCCUCGAUGCCUUCUUCUCAUCUCUCGGCUCAGAUGCCUCGCCCUCACCUCGUACUCGGGACAUUCGAAUUCAGAACUGUCCGAUUGAAGAUGUGUCGCCGAACGGUGUUCCUCCAUCCAAUGUUUCUAAAGGGGAGCAAAAGAAGAUCUCUCUUCAGAGGACAGUCUUAGCGAAACGCCGGAGACAGGGACCUACAGAUGCCAACAAGCACAGUGCCACUGAUGACACCAGCCACAAGCAGGCAGAAGACCUAGAUGUUGAAACAAGCACGAAAAGAGAGAAGGUCAAGAAAAGUGCAGGAUUUUGUGAAAAGGUUGCUGCCAAGAAUGACCAAGCGCGGAACCAGGUGGUCAACAACUCCCAGCAGUCACGCAAAGGCAAAAAGAGGAAGCAGACGGCCUAGCUGUUGAACUUCCAACGCCCUAGCUAUCAUCUGUUCUUUCCUAGUAUCCUGAUUCCUUUUUGUUACCGCCAGAACUAACUUAUUUGGAUUGCAGGUUGCGCAUGCUGUACACAUGGUGCUGGUGUUAUUGUGUAUGCACUUAUUUCAGAUUGAAUAAAGUUUCUUCUCCAGUUAAUGUAAAUGGUCGAGCGUCUUCUGGAACGCCUUUGGAUCUGGCACGCAGGUGUUAAGGCUGGAUGCGAAGGUGGUGCUGUGAGAGAAGGGUGAAUUUCCCGUUGGCACUCCUGCCAGGGCAUCAGUGAGUCAAGUCAACAAAGGAAAUCUAUUCUCAGCUAAGAAACCUUGUGGAGUGGCUUAGACUCACGGUGGUAGAAAACAGGAGACCAAGGUUUCAGACGCGAGAGGUGAUAAAGGGAAAAUGAAAAAUGGCGGUAGCGUACGUGUAGGUACUAACUUACAAUCAGUGUGAUGAUCUCCGUUCACCGGUGCCGGGAAACUUUGCCUAAUCGGUAGCGGAGACAAAGAUGAACACGUGCUUGUCUGCUGAAUAAAGAAUCUACUACGGCAGCGCUCAGCCGUGACGCGAGCGCAUACUCGUCACUUGUAGCCCGCACCAAAGCAGGAA